AUGCCAAGCUUCAAGAUAUCUCUGCUCAGGGCAGCCGCCCUUGCCAUCCUGGCCUGCCGAGCCACUGCCACCGAUCAACGGCAGAAGCCUCUGACAUCUAAUGAUGACACUACCACGGAAGAAACCCUCGUCACAGCUGCCGCACCCGACGAUCAAAUCCCUGACGCGCAGCCCCCGACUGGAGGGAACUGGCUGGGCUGGGGCGCUGGCGUGUACAACAACCGCUGGGCGGCGAGCGACGCCGUCGUCGACAGCUCCAACAUCGCCAACCUGACCAAGGUCUGCUCCGUGCAGUACACGACCGCCGGCCAGAGCGCACCGCCCCUGGUCACUGGUGGCGUGGCCUACUACCCGACCUGGUCCGGCUUGAUCGAGGCGCUAGAUUACAAGAACUGCCAAAAGGUCUGGUCUAUCAACGUGACACGCAUCAUCGACGACUACCGGCCCGGCCCGGUGCAAAAUGGCAAGGCGAAAGUGUCGCGAACGACGCCUGCGCUGGGUGACGACGGCGAGACGCUCUACUUUGGUACCAUCGCGAACGCGCUCGUGCUCGCCAUAGACCGCAGGUCUGGCAAGCUCAUCGACAGCCUGCAGCUCGACGCCAACCCCUUUGCCAUCCUGACGCAGUCGCCCACCUUUUACGACGGGAGGCUGUACGCCGGAGUGUCCAGCAGCGAGUCGGCCGCCUUCCCCGGACACCCAUGCUGCUCGUUCGUCGGGUCGCUGCACGCCGUGGCGCUGCGCCGCGGCCGGCUCCAGCUGCUGUGGAGCGUGCAGACCAUCCCGCAGGACUCCAUCGCCAACCAAAACUUCAGCGGCGCCGCCGUCUGGGGCAGCCAGCCGUCCAUCGACCCGAUCCGCCGGCAGGUCUUCAUCGGCACCGGCCAGCUGUACUCUCUCCCGCCCGCGUUUGAGGAGUGCCAGCGGCAGACGGCCAACAUCACCGUCAUCAAGCAGGGCCUGACUGGCCAUGACCCCUGCCUGCCCCGGACGGCGUACCAAAACUCCAUCCUGGCGCUGGACCUCGACACGGGCCGCGUCAACUGGGUCCGGCAGCUGGGUCCCCUCGACGCCUGGAACGCCGGCUGCAUCGACUUCCCCGGCCUACCGCCUAACCCUGGCGCGUGUCCAGACUUCCCCGGCCGAGACGCCGACUUUGGCAUGGCGCCGACCUUUGUGCUGGGCAGCGCCGCCACGCCCUUCGGAGUGGACAUUGUGGUGGCGGGGCAGAAGAACGGGAUGCUGUGGGGCCUGUGCGCGGCGUCGGGCACGACGGCGUGGGCGACGCAGACGGGGCCCGACGGGCUCGAGGGCGGGCUGACGUGGGGCGUGGCGGUCGACGACAGAGCAGUGUACUUUACAAACACCAACUCGGAGCAUCGCCCGUUCCCGAUCCCGGGCGGCGACGUCGUGUCCAACAGCGCCUUCGGGGCGGCGAGCCUGACGGACGGCAGGAUCCUGUGGCUGACGCCGGCGCCGCACAACCACGACAGCUACGUGGCCCCGGCCGUGGUCAACGACGUGGUGCUGGUGGGCACGUCGGGUACCAGGGGGGACUUCGUCGAGCCAGUCGGGCCUGGGUACCUGACGCCCUUGGACAAGAGGACGGGGAAAGUGCUGAGGCGGAUCAAGCUGGAUGCGGUCCUGAAGGGGGGUCCGGCGACGGUGGAGGAUUAUGUCUUCUUUGGCACGGGGUACGGUGGGCUUCACACCCCUGAGGCGGGGUCCUUUAACGUGUGGAAGAUCAACGGUGGAGGAGCGAGGACGGCGGAAGAGGAUGAUGGCGGGAUCGGCGAGUUGUGA